AUUGUAAUUCGCAUUCAAACCCAGCGAGUGAGUGAGGGCAUUGUUGUUUAGGUACAGAAAAAUGGCUUCAUCUCAGUCGAAGAAGAGAGUUGACGCUGUCGAUUCUCGCGCUGCUUCCGUUCUCCUUCGCGCCAAAGAUGGAAGUGCUUUUGCUCGAUGCGACGACUGCAAGAAGAAUGUGCCGGUUGCACUCAUCGACAUGCACAGUUGCAGCCUUGAAGCUAAAAUUAAAAUGAACCUAGAUGCUCAAGUUGUGGAACAGGCUUCUGAAGCUAAGAAGCCAGAGAGGAAGAAGCCCAAAUCCAAAGAGCCUAUGGCAAAAAGGGCUAAAGUUGAGAAGGGAAAGAAAGUCAAGGAUCCUAACAUGCCUAAGCGUCCUCCCACAGCCUUCUUUGCCUUCUUGGAUGAUUUUAGAAAAUCUUUCAAGGAAGCUAAUCCUGAUUCUAAGGAUGUUAAAAGGGUUGGUAAAGAGGCUGGUGAGAAGUGGAGGUCUAUGACUGAUGAAGAGAAGAAGCCUUAUUUGGAUAAAGUUGCUGAACUUAAGGCAGAGUAUGAGAAGGCUAUGGAAAGCUAUGAAGCUGGUCAAGAUGAAGAAGAUCAAGCUGGGUCUGACAAGGAAGCUGCUGCAAAAGAAGUUGAAGAAGAGCUAACUGACGAGGAGUAAUGGUGGCAUUUUGGCACUCCUUAAACCCGAUGACUACUAUUUUAAGGGCCACAUAUUGCUUAGACAGACUAGGGUUGUAAAUUUUGGAACAUGUUCUAGUUGGAGUUAAAUGCCGUUAAAAUCCAUGCGCAAUAUUUUAUUUUUUUUGUAAUGUACAUGAAUGGUAGUCACUUUGUUUUCUACAAGAGGCUUGUUGACCGGUGUGUUUCUGUGUUGAUUAUUGCUUGCAUAUAUUUGAGCCUUUGAGGCAAUUGGUAAAUA